GAGAACUGGACCGAUACCCGCGAGACGCUGCUGGAGGGGAUGCUCUUCAGCCUCAAGUACAUGGGCAUGACGCUGGUGGAGCAGCCCAAAGGAGAGGAGCUCUCUGCGGCCGCCGUCAAAAGGAUCGUCGCCACCGCAAAAGCAAGUGGGAAGAAGCUGCAGAAAGUGACUCUGAAAGUCUCGCCCAGAGGGAUCGUGUUAAACGACAGCGGAACGAACGAGCUGAUCGAGAACAUCUCCAUAUACAGGAUAUCCUACUGCACGGCAGACAAGAUCCACGAUAAAGUGUUUGCCUACAUUGCCCAGAACCAGCUCAAUGAGAACCUGGAGUGCCAUGCCUUCCUCUGUACCAAACGGAAAAUGGCGCAAGCGGUCACCCUCACCGUAGCCCAGGCCUUCAAAAUCGCCUUUGAGCUCUGGCAAGCGGCUAAGGAAGAGAAGGAGAAGCGGGAAAGGUCCAUCCUGGAAGGGGAAGGGACGAGCAGCCCCAGCUCAGAAGCGCCUGCACACCCCGACACGGCAGCAGCCACGGGGAACUUGCUGGAUUUAGAAGAUCCUGCCAAAUCACCCCUGACCAGCGGCGCGGACUCUCCACACUUGGAUAACAGCAUGUUUGGACCCAGCUCGUCUGUAAAUAACAACGUGGUGUGGGAAAUGGAUGAUGGUCUCGACGAGGCAUUUUCAAGACUGGCUCAGUCGAGAACAAACCCUCACGUCCUCGACACGGGACUGACGGCUCAAGACAUCCAGAGUGCAGAAACGCUCUCACCUGUAGACUGGAACAAAAUAGAUUCCAACGCAGGCGAGAAAGAUGAUCUGUUCAUGUUUUGAGGUCAAAUGCAUCCAAGAGCUGACAAGAGAAUAACCACUAAAAGUCUGUGGACUGAAUCACGCUGUUCCGGGUGCUGUACGCAAGGGACUCCUCUGAGGGCUCUUCACCAAGUCAGGUGAUGUUACAGCACAGUUUAGACCAAAGCUUUAGAAAUCUAAUGCAGAUUUUUGUACCUUGCUUUUAUCUAAACCACAAGAUGCUCUUGAACGUAUUUAUUCAUAGCCGUUACAGUUUACAUACGUUAGUGGAAGGUGUGUAGAGCAUCUACAGUAUUACGUGGCAAUAUACCGUGGAAGAACCUUCAGCAGUGCCUGUUCCUCUCUGAGAAAAGACUAUGCAACACCAAAGUCUCUCUUUAUACACUUUUCUAGACAAAGCUCUGCAGAUGCAGAUGCAAUUGCAAGCACAACUGUUACUAAUCCACUGUUUCUUGAACAACACAUCACCUGCCUA